AUGAUAGUUUCACUUCUACCUAUACCAGUGGAUUUUCAAGAAAAUAAUGAGAAGUUUGAAGAUAUAUGUGUGAUGCAUAGGAUCAUAGACUCAGUGGCUGAAGAAGUCUCAGAGGUAUCUCAACGUCAGAUGGAUGAUUCUGAAGAAAUCAGAAUUGGAUACAAGUCCAAUUUUCAUGUGAAAUCUCUACUGAUUGCUGGUAAAGUGGAAAUAUAUCUUAUGGAGGUCUCACAUGUUCUUCUGACUGAUAAAAAGAUCUGUGAUAAUUGGGAUAAAGGGAGAGUUGGAGAUGUAAAGAAAAUAGAAGAAGAUCUUAACAGGGUGCCAGUUUUUGGUAUCCAAGUUGCUGAUGGAACCAUAGCAUGUUGGAUUAUGACUAUACCAUUUAGAGCCUUUUACUUUGUUCAAUAUCUUGGUUCAGUGCAAAUUCCUAUGAAUCAAGACCAAUCUUCACUUGUUGGAUUUAUGGAUGAAUUAUGGAAGUUAAGG